AUGUCAACUCUUCGCUCCCAAUCAGAAUCCGGGGGCGAGUCAUUGCUGGUUGACGGCCAGAAUGUACUCAACGCUCUCAGGCAACAUGAUGAGGAUCUGUACAACCUGUUCACUAAUUCAAAGCAUACCCGCUUCCGUGCUGAUGAUGGAACGUUCGUGCCACGGGCCAUGGUCGACAAAGAGACGGGAAUCUUUCGUUUCCGGUUCGAUGACGGCAUCCAGAUGUCGGCAUCUAUGGUUGUUGGCUUCGCCAAGCUGCAGGGUAUCAUCUAUCAGCAUGCCUAUUUUGUGUCCCUGCGACCCGGUCAGGGUUAUGUGCUAGAUAACCACCGGUACCUGCAUGGGCGAGCCUCCUUCACUGGUUCACGGGAGUUGUUGCGAGUCCUUGUCAGGCCCUUCUCCCCACCUGGUGAGAAGGUAAUUUUGUUUGACAUCGACGGCACACUCUGUCGGUCAGAGGCACUCAGCAUUGAUGCAUAUUAUUCCUGUGUGAGUGACAUCGUGGGAAAGGACAUCAAUCAUGCAAAUACCCCGGUCAACUUGCACGGACGAACCGAUCUUGGCCUACUGCACGACAUCCUGGAUUAUCACCAAGUAGCCAGGAAGGAUCGGGUAGUAGAGGAAUUCCUCAAACUCCACCCACAGUAUCUGGAGCGUUCUUUGUCCAAGGGUCUUCCAUCGGUGAUAUGCCCCGGCGCACAGGAAAUGCUCAGCUGGUUGAUUGGAGAGAAUGAGAGCUCCAGGCAACCGAAGUUCCAGUUGGGCCUGAUCACUGGCAAUUCUCGUCCAAACGCCUUGCUGAAACUCCGUGGGGCGGGAAUUGACACCAGUAUAUUCGACCUUGACAUCUCUUCAUUUGGGGACAGCCACCAUAAUCGACUAUCAUUGUUUCAAGAUUCCCUCUCCAAAUUACAGGUCCGCUUUGGCUCUCAUAUACGCGCAAAAGAUGUUCUAGUUGUUGGAGACACGCCCCUCGAUGUGGAAUGUGCGAAGCAAGCUGGUUGCUCAGUCGUGGCCGUUGCGACAGGGAACUAUAAGAUGGAGGAGCUGGCUUCGCUGAAGCCUAAUUUCUGCUGCAGUCAGCUGACUGAAACAAAGGAAUACCUUCUGCAGGCGGCCUUUUAG